GCGAGUCAGACGUGUGUGUGCCUGUCCGUACAUGAUUUUUUUUUUGAACAGUUCCCUCGAUCAGGCUGCAAAAAAAGACUAGUUCCGUUUUGGAUUUCUAUCUUGAACGUUUCAAACUUUUUCUCUAGUGGCAAUUUUAGUGAAACAUAUAGACAAAAGAAACUGACUUGGAAACGAUUUAUUUUUUUUUAACUUUGGGUGACUUUUACGUGAUCGUGUUUCUUUUAAACCAAAAGUGAAAAACGAAUCAAAGAUUGACGACAGUCAACAGCUGUUUGCCUCUUAAAACUUGUGCUGUGAGACAACAAAAAUCGAGCACGGUUCUCUCAAUCGCUUGAUCUUAUUUUCGUCUGUGUCGGGCGUGCCGAACAACGUGUCAUCUUUAUAACCCGUGUGUGUGUGUUUUUUGUUUGUGCAAAGAGAGAAAAAAAAGAGAUUUGAGAGGAUAUACCGUCUAUAUAUUUUUAGCAUUCGAACGACAAACAUCGUGUCUUCAUGGCCGCUAAAUUGGAGACGGGCAGCCGCUAGCAGCUGCGAUUAUCCGUCUGUAUACCGCGCAUCCUUCAUCAUUUUCUCUCAUCAACAAGGACUACCAACUCUUUUUUUCUGAUUGGCGAUUUUGAACUUCCUGGCUCCAACUGAAAAAAAAAACAAACAAACAAAAAAAACAUCCAUCCAUCCAAAAAGCGCAGUGUCGUUGCUGCUGUGUGGAUAGGCAAACAUUUUCAUGUGUUGUAUGCGGGCCAAACAUGGCUGAUUUGAUCGGUCGGCGCCAUCAACCAACAACGGCGACCCUUGCCUCUUCAACAGUUCAUUGUGAGCUGCAGUGGCGUUCGGAAGAAGAAGACUCGGAGGAGCACACGGAAGAUUCGGCUUCGUCGUCGUCUGACGAACGUGAACCGUUGCACAUUGAAGCUGCUCAACAGCAGCCGUCUUACUUGAACGCCGAACCUUUCAACAACCACGUCGUCGCGCCCAAUCAUCCAGGUUAUAUCGAACCGGGUUAUCAGCAUCAGCCGCGUCAUUUGAAUCAGCUCGACAUGUCUGAAGACGAUUUCGAAGCCAUGUACAACAAUUGCGGUGAGGAGCUGUACGAGUCGGAUCCGCAUCAAGGACAUCAACACAGACAACAACACGGCAACACUGGCCAGCGUAACAACGGUCAACAUCGCCGCUCAACUAAAGCGCAACACAUUGGAUCUUCGCCUCGCGGUGCGGCGUUGGGUUCGCGGUCGGGGCGAGGUCAGCCCCACCAACAACAGCAGCAUCAUCAUCAUCAUCACCAUCAGCAAGCGGCCGCGCCAACGGCGGGACUAGCGUCACAGCAGCAGCCGCAAGAUUUGAUGAUGAACAGCCCCCAGCACCAGCAUCAACGAUCCGGACGAGGCGGUCGCUUGCCCGUCGGCUCUAAAUCGCCGUCGGCCAGUAGCCAGUCGGAGCCCAGCUACCCGGACAACGGCAUGGAACCAUACUCGACCCUAUCAGAUCACGGAACACCUCCGCCAGCUCCGGCUCCAGGCAACGGCAUGGGAGCUCCUCCGCCUCCGCCGGAUUUCCCGCCGCGCGGUUCUUCGUUCAACCACCCGAGUCUGGUGGCGCUUCAGUCACAGCCGCUUCAGCAACAGCGUGCAGCCACUCUGGUGGUCACCAAGGACAACAGCGACGAGCCGCCGACCUACGAAGUCAUUCCAUAUUCGACCGGCAAGGCACCUUCGAAUUCCGGCUGGAACUUCCUACCGGCCGACAAUAAUCGCCAGCACGGCAGUCACACGCUCGGCCAUAACACGUUAAACAGGGGACACCACAACGGACCGAACACGGUCUCGUCGUCGAUGAUGAACGCUCCCAACAAUCACCACGUGCUGACACCCGUACCGGGCGAUCCUUCUGGCCGUCUCGUCAUGACUUUGCUGCCCAGUCAAGGUCACGAUUUGAUGCACGGCACACAGCACGAGCCGCACCAUCACAGCGGAGCCAGUCACACUAGUAGCAGUCAUUCAACCAGAUACAAUCAUCCAGGACACGGAACGAGCACGAGCCGACAAACGUUGACGUCGUCGCUGCAAUCGUCUUGGCUGAUGCGCCGGGGCAACGGCGAUGCUCGGUCGUCGUCAUCCGGUGCCGACAUGAAUCAUCAUCACCACCUCGGAUUGGGCGUCAUUGGCGGAGGCCGUGGUGUAGGCGGUGGGCCUGGAAAAGGCUGCGCCACCCCUCAAUGCUCCUGGCGCCUUUUGGCCAUCGCCCUUUUGCUCACCUGUGGUUUACUAGCAGCCGCCCUCGCCUAUUUCACCGUGAGUUCCAUUGGCGCAUCGACGGUGUCAGAUCCGAAUUGCAUUCUGAUUGAAGACGCCCAAGUCACGCUGCCGCGAGAAGAGAAGAAUAACAAUAGUAAAAUGCCCGUUAAAGAAUCUGCACCGCCUCGAACUGCUUCCAGCUCCGUAGCGAGUAACGGAGAUCCUGGUGGUAGUCCUGGCGAUGGCGGAACAGGACGACCGUCACGACAGGAACAACCGAUUUCUCUGAAUGAAACGCCUUCCAGUAACGGCCCGUCUUUACCGGAUCUCAGUGGUCCGGUGUCUAUCAGCUCAUCGACUAACGGAGCUUUGGAACUGGAAGCCGAUGGCCGUUUUAAGCUUCUGACGAUCGAACCGGCUCAAUUGUGGGUAGCCUACGUGCAAAUUGGCGGUAGCCAAUCUGCUCUUCGGAUAGAAGUCCAACUACCCCGAGGAGCCCCGUUCGCGUUGUACGGACGUCGCAACGCCGCACCUUCCAUCACGCAACACGAUUUUAGCCAAUUUGUCCAAGACGAGACGUUGAUGGCCAGAUUCCGGCGUCAGCUGAAUUCAUCCAGCUCGGCGGCUGGCAACCGGCCCAUCUACUACAACACGUCGCUCGUCAAACCGGUCGAGCCCGGCCGUUGGUUCCUGGCCGUCUACAACGACGACUUGCAGCGGCAGGAAGUGGCCAUCGGUUUGACGCUGACCAACGAAGUGGCCACUCCUUGUCCGGACGAUUGUAACGGGCGAGGGCAGUGCCUCAACGGCAAGUGCCUUUGCCGCGACGGAUUCGCCGGAACAGACUGCUCAACAAGUGUGUGCCCGGUUUUGUGCAGCGGACGAGGAGCUUACGGUGGAGGCCGUUGCCAUUGCGAAGCCGGCUGGACAGGUGCAGAGUGCGAUCAACCUUACAGCGAACUCGGCGCCGUUUCCAGUUCAUUGGCUCCUGGCAGCGGAUUCGUCAUCAGCUGUUCGAUCCCUUGCUCGGUGCACGGAACGUGCGUCAACGGCCGUUGCCAGUGCGACGCCGAGCACACUGGCGCCUCGUGCGAAACUCCCCUUUUGACUUGCCAAUCGGAUUGCGGACAGAACGGCCGUUGCGUCAACAGUAGCUGCGUCUGCUCGCCAGGAUGGACCGGCUCCCGUUGCCACCUGGUGUCGACGUCGUGCGAUCCCCGAUGCAGCCAGCACGGACAGUGCGUCAACGGAACUUGCAUCUGCUCCCGCGGAUGGAACGGACGUCAUUGCACGCUCGACGGGUGUCCUGGCAAUUGUGGCAACAACCGUGGCGUUUGCUUGCAGAGCGGCAAAGUCGGAAGCGGAAUCAACAGCUUGUUGCAGACGAACCAGUUCAGCUGCGAAUGCGCGCCCGGCUGGACCGGAUCCGAUUGUUCCAUCAUGACGGAAACGGAAUGCGGCGACGACAAGGACAACGACGGCGACGGACUGACGGAUUGCGCCGAUAGCGACUGCUGUUCCAAUCCGUCCUGCACCGACCAUCUGAUGUGCCUCGCCUCCGCCGAUCCGGCCGACAUCGCCGCCCGUAAGCCGACCCUAUCCAACAGCGGCACCAGCAGUUUCUAUCAGCGGGUGAAGUUUCUCGUCGAAGACAACGCCGUUCAAAGCUACGCCCACAAGGACGAAUACGUCGAUAAGAGAGUGGCAGUAUUACGCGGAAGAGUCUUGUCUCAACAAGGAUUAGGCGUGGUGGGUGUUCGUGUCAGCGUCGAUCGUCAUCCUCGUUUGGGUUUCACUCUUACACGUCACGGCGGAUGGUUUGACAUUUUGGUGAACGGUGGUGGAGCCGUAACGCUGCAGUUUCAACGGAAUCCGUACCGGCCUGAAAUGAGGACCGUUUGGGCAGCUUGGAAUCGUAUCGUCGUGCUGGACAAAGUCGUUCUCCGACUCGGGGACAGCAGCGACAGUCUCACGUCGAGCAACUCUGGCGAGCGUAAUUCUAAGCUGACGAGCGAGAAGCCGCACUGUCGUAUCGACGAAAUGGAAAUGAUUCAGCCGAGCGUUUUGGAAGCGCAAGACGCGGAAUUCCAGCACCAAUCCGGCGACGGACAACUGGGUCUCUUGCUAGCCGAUAAACAAGUUUUGCAGGAAGUUGUGCCGAUACCGGGAAUGGCCGAUUAUAAAUUGGUUUAUCGCUCGGAAAACGCCAUCAACUAUCACUCGCUGCUCAGGCUUAGACUUACGCCCGCCAGCGGCAUCCCGGCUCAACUUGGCUACGUCCACCUUCGGCUCGUCGUCGAAGGGACCGUCACUCAAGUGACGCUCGAAGCCGAAGCUAAUUUGACUUACGCCUUCGCCUGGGACCGGCACAAUGUUUACGGACAAAAGAUCCACGGACGGACGGAAGCCUAUGUCCACGUCGGAUAUCAAAGUUCCAUCGACGGAUGCCCAACUUCGUGGCAGACUCUGGUCGCACCCAUGGCCGGAUUCGCGCCCAACAUCUCCGCUUUAGGCGAGUUCAAUGUGGACGUCCAUCACCAUUUCAUCGCCGGACAGAACGUCCUCUUUAGAGGCGACGGAGGUCAGAUGGAUUUGAGAUCCGGGCCGCGUCAGUUGAAUUUGAUGAUUGGCACCGGAUCGCCGCGAUCCCUGACUUGCGUCGAAUGCCAGGCCGCCUCGCCCAGCGCCUACGCCAAGAUCCUCAAUCCGGUGGCCAUGGCUUCGGCCGGCGACGGAUCCCUCUACGUCGGCGAUUUCAAUUUGGUUCGCAAAGUGACUCCUGAAGGCCGCGUCUUUACUGUCCUUCACUUACCCACUGGUCAGGUCUCCUACUCUUAUUACUUGGCCGUCUCGCCCAUCGACGGAUCCCUCUACCUGUCCGACUGCGAAAGGAAGCAGAUCCUGCGGGUGGCGGCCGUCAACGAGGAACAAAUUCUCAAUCCGUCGUCUCCGUCGUCCCAAGCCGGAUUGGACAACAAUUACGAAGUCGUCGUCGGAUCGGGCGAGCCCUGUCUGCCCGCCGAUCCCGAAAUGUGCGGAGACGGUCGCCCGGCCCUGGAAGCCCGUCUGGUUUUCCCCAAGGGCGUCGCCGUCUCACCCGAUCGCAUCUUGUACUUUGCCGACGGCACUUCGGUCCGCUACGUCGACGGCAGCGGAAUCAUCCGCACUCUAGUCGGACGUCCGGCCAACCCCAUUUACGGACUCCAACCGGCUCCGUGCAAUAUGGCCGUGAGACCGGCCCAGAUUCAGCCGUUGUGGCCGACUCAAGUGGCCCUCAAUCCCAUCGACAACACUCUGCACUGGAUCGACAACAACGUCGUCCUCAAAUUGACGGCCUCGCAGUUCGUCCAAGUCGCUGCCGGCCAACCGCAGCACUGCGCCGCCCAAUCGGCCGCUCCCCAAACGUCGGCCAGCCACAUCACCGGAUUCGCUUUCGGCCCAGCUGGCCAGCUCUACCUGGUGGAGAAACCGGGAGUCAAUUCGACCCGAUUGAUCGAGACGGACUCGAGCGGUCGCAGCGAACAGCUGAAAUGCGUUUCCGGCGACGGCCAGCCGUGCCAGAUUCCCAGCUCGAUUAGCACGAUGGCCGUCUCGCCCGACGGUGCCGUCUACGUCGCCGACAAGCAAAUGCUGCAGAUUUUCUCGCUGGAUUACGUCAAUCCGCAACCGGAUCCGCUUUCCGGUGAAUAUUCCAUCAACUGGCCGGCGGCCGGCGAGGUUCUGGUCUUUAAUCGUUACGGCCAGCACGUGACGACCAAGGAACCGGUCAGCGGCAACAUCAAGACGACGUUCUCGUACACGCGCAACGGCCCUUCCGGCCGUCUCAUGGCCAUCAUCGAUUCGCGCGGCAACAAAGUCGACUUUGUCCGCGAAUCCGGCGGCGAUCAGCUGAUCCAGGCCAUCGAGACGAGCGCGUCCGUCAAGAGCCACCUGACCAUCAGCCGUUUGACGGGCGCCUUGACGCACAUCAACUCGUCCAACAAUUGCUUCGCUCUAUUCGAUUACGAUACCACAUCGAAAUUAUUGAUUGGCCGGACAGAGUCGGACGGACUGACCACCAUUUAUCGCUACGAUCAGAACGGAAGGCUCGUUCAAACUGUCCUUCCGGACGGUGAACGGUACACGUUUGACACGGCUGCCACUUCGUCCAACAUACGUAUUUCCUUGGAACGUGACAAUCCAGUUGAGUUGAUCAUCUCGGGCCCUGCCAUUCAAUCAGGAGAGAACAGAAUGGUUUACAAUUUAAUGAAGAAUGGCACGUCGCUCGUUGAAUGGGCCGGUGACAACCAGUUCAGCUUCCAGCCCGUGUUGCAAGGCGGCACCGAAGGAUGGUCGGAGAGAUUGCAACUGUCUGGCGGUUCGGCGAUGCGCGGCGAAUGGACGACAAGCGUUCGGGUUGGAAGCAGCGGCAGUCGUUCGCAAGACAAAUCGAUUAGGAUCAACGGUGCCAAAUUCCUUGUCGCCGAGGUGGACAGUCAAACUGGCGGGCGGCAACUGUACGACAACGACCGCCAGUUGGUGAUGGGACUUCACUGCGAUUCGCAAGGACAUUUGAAGGAACUUCGAUUGCCACCGGGUUUCCACGGCAUUCGCUACAACUACGAUGGAAAUGGCCGUCUUCAGAGCUGGAUGUGGGGUCAACGUCAGGAAAUCUACAGUUACGACACUCGAGGAUUGCUGGCCGAAACACGAUCUCGCUCGGAUUCUGGCAAUUCUGGAUCGAGGACAAUCAUUUACGGUCCCAACGACGUGCCAACGAAGAUUACAUUGGCCAGUGGACGAUCGUUCAGCUAUGCCUACGACGAGUCUGGAGGCCUUAAAUCGCUGACGCUCCCGUCCGGCAACGGCCGUCAUAGCUUCUCUGUCCAACCCUCCAUGGGUUACUACAAGUUGGUCUACUUACCACCGGGCAGCAGUACGAGCGCAUCUAGCCAGAGCGCAUACGUCGAACAUUACGAUUCGGAAGGCCGGAAGCUAUUGGUUAUGUUCCCCGGCGAAAGCGGACGGAUCGUCUAUCGGUACCGCGGAUCGCGAUUGGCCGAGGAGGUAUGUGGCGAUCGUCGCAUCGACUCUUCAGCUGAAGUGGACGGCGUUACGACGACUACCGUCACUGAACGGGAGUUUGAAUUGCGUUCGGACGUUACGGCCAACAGCGCCGGAAUGAUUCUGGAAGACAAGACGGACUACGGAGCCAAAACGGGAUUGGCUGGAUUCAAAUUCGUUUACGGCUACGAUUCCUUGUUGAGGGCUUCCAGCAUUAAAGGAAGAAUUGGUGGACAAAUCCUGGCCGAUUGGCCGCUCAGUUACCAGACCAAAACGGGCUCGUUGGAACAGAUGGGUCAGUUUAAGAUAUCGCGGCUGCGACCGAAUGAAACCUCCUAUUUCGACGGAACGGCUAUUUUUACCCGGACGUUGAACCCGCAUUUGGAGCUGUCCGCUUCCUCGUUGACUUUGCACAACGAAGAAGUCUUCCGCAUGGAAUUAAAUUACGACGCUGCAGGCAAGAUCAAUCAGACGCGCACUUACACUCGUUAUCUCGGUCUCAAAUCUUACGUCAACAUCAAGAACCUGACUUACGACGCCGACGGCCAAUUGGUCUCGGUCGACGCUCCGGAAUCCUGGCGAUUCGGAUACGACCAGCACGGCAACCUGGCCAAAUUGACCUACAGAGGCAACUCGAUCCCCAUGCAGCACAACGCUUUCGAUCGGCUCAUCAAAUUCGGUGAAGGCGCCUACCAGUACGACGACGCCGGAAAUGUCAUCCAGAAUGCCAGGGAAGAGAAAUUCCAAUGGUCUUCAUCCGGACUCCUCGUCCGCGCUCAGAAAAAAGGCAUGUUCGAUGUGAGGUACUUUUACGAUCACCACCGACGUCUUGUCGGCAGGCGGGAUCAGCACGGCAACGUGACGCAGUUUUUCUACGCCAAUCCGCAACGUAAAUAUCAAGUGAGUCACAUCUUUAGCCCGCGGGAUCUUCGAUUGACGACGUUGACCUACGACGAAUUCGACCAUCUGAUGCACUUCCAAAUCUUGCGUCAUCGCUACUACGUUGCCACGGGCGAUCGCUGUGGCACUCCGUCGGUCGUUUUCAGCCAAAAGGGCGAAGUAGUUCGUGAGUUGGUCCGUUCUCCUUACGGACACGUUGUCUACGAUUCGAAUCCGUACCUUUACAUGCCGAUUGAUUGGUGCGGAGGCAUCGCAGAUCCGGCCACGGGACACGUUCACGUCCGCGGUGACCGCAUUUACGAUCCCCUCAUCGGCCAAUGGCUCAAUCCCGAAUGGCAGCGAGCGACGAAGAUGACUUACCAGCCCGAGCUGGUCCACUUGUACAGAUUACCCGGCAAUGAUCCCGUGAACUUGGACGCGUUUGGUCUGACUGGCGCCCUCCGCUUGUCUCACAGCAGCCGCUAUCCGCAAUGGCUCAAUCGGAUGGGAUACCAGUUGCCCAAGAUCCCAUCACCUUACGAAUAUGAAAAUAACGCUCUUGUUGCGAGCAAAUCGAUCGUCAGACAACCACCAAUGUUGACCACCAGUCGGCUCUUGGAGUUGAAUCAGAGACGCAAAGCGCUGCACGAGUUCACCGAUUUCUCGUCAAGGUGUUCCACUCCCAACGCAGACAAACUGGAGUUGAACAGCAUCCGCUUUGCACUGGCUCCGUCGACGCUGGGCCGAGGCAUUCUCGUGUCCAGGAGCUCCGACGGACGGGCCAUCGUUUCGUCGACUUCGCUGGCCGAUCCGGUCAUCCGGGACGUGUUCACCAACGUCUUCAACAACUCCCGUUGGCUCAAUUUGACGUUGCCCGGCCACGGUCACGGCCAGGACACGUUCCACUUUUUCAAACGCGGGGACAACGUCCGAAUCAAAGUGGCCGAAGAUAUGGCCGCUCUGCGUCGGCUGGGACCCAACGUCAAUCUGACGAUGCACGACACGCCCGACACGGGUGCCAAGGAGAUCAAGAUCGCUACCGGCCACGGCAACUUUGUCGUCAUCUACGGGACCGAUUUGGGCGCCGAAACGGAAUUGCUCUGGCGGCACUCUGUCAAAUUGGCCGCUCGACGAGCGUGGCACCGCGAGCAAAUCUUGGCCCGCCGUGGAGGUAUCAACACAUUCCUCAUGACGCAGACUGAGAUGGAACAGCUAUCUCGUGACGGCCACCUCCCGACGUACCGGCCGGAAUUGCAGCAAUCGCUCUGGAGUUAUCCCAUGCUAGCAGACGACCCCACAGCCAUGAGAUUCCGUAAACGCAACGCAGCUGGAGCUUCGCUGGAUGUGCCUCGUCGUUAACGGCACGUUCCACCUGGACUUCUAGGAAUCUGCGAUGGAAUUUGUCCCAACAACUGUGAUACGUGCCAAACUAUUAAAAAAAAAAGUGCCCCCUCCCAACCCGAUCUAAUGUUUCUCCAAUUUUUUGCCAUUCGUUUUUCUCUUCUCUUCAUGACCCGCACGUAUAUGACACUUGUCGUAUUAUAUACCGUAGGGAGGCUAUACAGCAGAGUAUUAACCUUAUAAAAAUACUAGCCUACGUCUGAUUAAUCUAAAACCAAUCCGUUCUAGUACUGAAAAUGUCACGUCUUUUGUAGUCGUGGUUUUUUUUGUAAAUUUUGCUUAACGGCCAACUCACAAGUCAACUUUAAGAAAGCAAAGGGGACAUUUUUUUUUUUUUUUAAAUACGUGACAAACCUAAUAACGCUGCGUUAUCCCGCUGACAACAAUGCCAGAAUCGAGUUAUAUAAAAAAAAUUGCGAUGUGGAAGUUCUGCACUGCUUGUGCAGCUGAUGGCUGAUUUUUUAAAAUUUUAUUUUGAAAAGUGACGAGCACAAUUUGGUUAGAUCGAUUUUCUUCUUAAUAUUUUUGCUCUCUCGUAUUACAGUGGACAUACAUAUAUAUAUACAUAUGAUUAUAUAAAUGCUGUCGUAUAUUGUUCUAAAAACCUGUAUAAAAUUCACUGUAUUUGUUUCAUCUGUUGUGUUAGCUCUCAUUUGACUGUUUCUGAUCAAGUUGUCAUAAAAAUGUUCAGUGCUGUGUGUAUUUUAAAAACUCUGAAUUAACUCGUCGCUGGGAAAAUAAAAGAAAUAUAUCUAAUAAAAUAUU